UUUAUCAUUAAGUUAUUAGACGUGGUACACAAAAGAUACUCCCAAAAUGUAUAUCAAGGUUUUAUGUCUGGCCGCCCUAAUAUCUUCCGUAGCCUGUCAGUAUAUACAUGGGCAUGGAGAUGCUUACUCAUCCAACCACUUCUCCCGUCAUGACGGACAUCCACACAUAGUGCACGGCCACCAUGGUCAUGAUUAUCAUGCACAUCCCAAGUAUGAGUUCGAGUACAAAGUGAAGGAUCCCCACACUGGAGACAUUAAGGAUCAACACGAGAGUCGUGACGGAGACCACGUGACGGGACACUACUCCCUUCACCAACCUGAUGGAUCCGUUAGAUCUAUUCACUAUCACGGUGAUCAUCAUACAGGGUUCCACGCCGACGUCAAAUACGAUACUCAUCAUAUCGUCCCCAAGCACCACCACUAUUGAAAAUAAUGUAUUUGGACAUACUAGGAAUACCAAAACAUUUAGUUAAUUAAGUGUCAUAGCUUUUUGUUCAUAAUAAUAAAAAUAUCAUGAAUUUAUAA